GCCUGCGUGUCAAGCUUCACGAUCUACUGGAGCAUCGAUCGCAGCUCCCGAACUUGGGCGGUCCGGUAAUUCUCCGAACUUUAGUGGCAAUUUUCGAUUUCAGCAGUAGCUAUUUUCAAACAGCAUACACCCUUCUGAAAGCGCUCGAAGCAGGCAGCAGCAGGAGCGACGCAUGUUGCGUAUAAAACCCUCGCUUCUCUCUUCUUCUUCAGCUCGGCUCCAUCGCUCUCUGCAUGUCUCUUCCGAUUCAUCUCACUUUCUCCCUUUCAGGAAGCUUGGUUGUAGAUUUUUCCGAAUGGGUCACAUAAAAGCCAUGGCUUCACAUGUUGUUGGAUAUCCUCGUAUGGGGCCAAAGAGAGAGCUUAAAUUUGCUCUCGAAUCAUUUUGGGAUGGAAAGAGUACUGCUGAAGAGCUGCAGAAGGUUGCCAAGGAUCUGAGGAUCUCAAUCUGGAAACAAAUGGCUGAUGCAGGAACCAAAUUCAUUCCUAGCAACACCUUUUCAUACUAUGAUCAGGUCUUAGAUACUACGGCCAUGCUUGGGGCGGUUCCGCCAAGAUAUGGAUGGGCUGGAGGAGAGAUUGGCUUUGAUGUCUACUUCUCCAUGGCCAGAGGGAAUGCAACUCUUCCUGCUAUGGAAAUGACCAAAUGGUUUGAUACCAACUACCAUUACAUAGUGCCUGAACUGGGACCUGACCUUAAAUUCUCCUAUGCUUCUCACAAGGUGGUGUCCGAAUACAAGGAAGCUAAGGAGAUUGGAGUUGAGACUGUCCCAGUUCUUGUUGGUCCUGUUUCAUACCUGUUGCUGUCAAAGCCGGCAAAGGGUGUGGAGAAAUCAUUUUCUCCUCUGUCUUUGCUUGGGAAGAUCAUUCCAGUUUACAAAGAGGUUUUGGCUGACUUGAAAGCAGCUGGGGCUACUUGGGUGCAGUUUGAUGAGCCAACGCUUGUGCUGGAUUUGGACUUUCAUCAACUGAAAGCAUUUACAGAUGCUUAUUUACAGAUGGAAGAGUCCUUAUCUGGUCUGAAGGUUAUUGUUGAGACCUACUUUGCUGAUGUGCCGGCCGGAGCAUAUAAGACUAUCACGUCAUUGAAGGGCAUCUCGGCUAUUGGGUUUGAUCUGGUUCGUGGAGAGAAGACCCUUGAAUUGAUCGAGAGUUUGGGUUUUCCUUCCAGCAAGUAUCUGUUUGCUGGAGUUGUUGACGGUCGUAACAUUUGGGCUAAUGAUCUCACAGCAUCUCUUAAGACAUUGAAAGCUCUUGAGAGCAAGGUUGGCAAAGAAAAGCUUGUAGUUUCCACUUCCUGUUCCCUUCUGCACACUGCUGUUGAUCUAGUCAAUGAAAUAAAACUGGAUAGCGAAAUCAAAUCUUGGCUGGCCUUUGCUGCACAGAAAAUACUUGAGGUGAAUGCCUUGGCGAAUGCAUUGAAUGGUCAGAAGGAUGAGGCCUUCUUUUCUGCCAAUGUGGCUGCCCAAGCUUCCAGAAAAUCAUCUCCUCAGGUGAAUGAUGAGGCAGUUAAGAAGGCUGCAUCUGCUUUGAGGGGCUCUGACCAUCGCCGUGCUACACCAGUGACCACUAGACUUGACGCACAGCAGAAAAAGCUGAACCUUCCCAUUCUUCCAACCACGACGAUUGGAUCUUUCCCACAAACUAUGGAUCUCAGGAGAGUCCGCCGUGAAUACAAAGCUAACAAGAUCUCAGAGGAAGAAUAUGUGAAGGCUAUCAAAGAGGAAAUCAAUAAGGUUGUCAAGUUACAAGAAGAACUGGGUAUUGACGUUCUUGUGCAUGGAGAGCCCGAGAGGAAUGACAUGGUGGAAUACUUUGGUGAGCAGUUGAAAGGCUUUGCCUUCACUAUUAAUGGGUGGGUUCAGUCAUAUGGUUCACGCUGUGUAAAACCACCAAUCAUCUAUGGCGAUGUAAGCCGCCCCAACCCCAUGACUGUUUUCUGGUCCACAGCUGCACAGAGCAUGACUGCCCGUCCAAUGAAGGGAAUGCUGACUGGGCCUGUCACGAUUCUCAAUUGGUCAUUUGUGAGGAAUGACCAACCUAGGUUUGAAACUUGUUACCAGAUUGCAUUGGCUAUAAAAGACGAGGUUGAAGAUCUGGAAUCAGCUGGGAUUCAGGUGAUCCAGAUUGAUGAAGCUGCACUGCGUGAAGGCCUGCCAUUGCGCAACUCAGAUCAGGCCUUCUACCUGGACUGGGCUGUCCAUUCAUUCAGGAUAACAAACUGUGGCGUCAAGGACACCACUCAGAUCCAUACUCACAUGUGCUAUUCCAACUUUAACGACAUCAUCCAUUCCAUCAUUGGCAUGGAUUCUGAUGUCAUCACGAUUGAGAACUCAAGGUCAGAUGAGAAACUCCUUUCAGUUUUCCGGGAAGGCGUGAAGUAUCAUGCAGGCAUUGGACCCGGGGUCUACGACAUCCACUCACCCCGUAUCCCGAUGACGGAAGAAAUUGCUGAUCGGAUAAAAAAGAUGCUGGCUGUCCUUGACAUGAAUGUUCUCUGGGUGAACCCUGACUGCGGUCUGAAGACCAGGAAGUACACCGAAGUUAAACCGGCCUUGACCAACAUGGUGGCUGCAGCAAAGCUGCUCCGAUCUCAGUUGGCUGAGUGCCAAGUGAGACAGUUGUGAAUAGAGAAUGAAAAUCAUUAGGAAAAUAGAUUUUUUGAUCACUGUACGAUACAUUUUCGUUUGCAUAGAGAAUUGUUUUUGGCUCA